UCCUCUCUUCCCUCUCCCUCCGUCCUGUCUCCCUAUGUCCUCUCUUCCCUCUCCCUCCGUUCUGUCUCCCUCUGUCCUCUCCCUCAUUCCCUUUUCUCUCUCUCCCUCAUUCUCUUCCUCUCUUUCACAUAUGCUGUUUUCCCUGAGCCGCGGUGCCUGUUGGUUUCUGGCAGCUGGAUCGGGAUCGGGAUCGGGAUAGUCCGGGAUCGGAAUCGAUCGCGUUGGGAGCCGGGAUCCCAGUCGGAGUUCCAGGGAAAGUUUGUGUGGGAGCAGCGCCGAGUGUCGGGACCAUGUGGCCGCUCUACCUCCUGGUCGCCGCCGUGGAAAGCCAGCUCCUGCCUGGGAACAACUUCACCAACGAGUGCAACAUUCCUGGGAACUUCAUAUGCAGCAACGGCAAGUGCAUUCCCGGUGCCUGGCAGUGUGACGGCCUGCCAGACUGCUUUGACAAGAGCGAUGAAAAAGAAUGUCCAAAAGUCAAAUCCAAAUGUGCGCCAACCUUUUUCGCCUGUGCCAGCGGUGUCCAUUGUAUUAUUGGGCGCUUCCGGUGUAACGGAUUUGAAGAUUGUCCGGACGGUAGUGAUGAGGAAAAUUGCACAGCAAACCCCCUCUUAUGCUCAACGGCCCGUUUCCAUUGCAAGAAUGGGAGAUGUAUCGACAAAAGUUUUCUGUGUGAUGGAGUGAAUAACUGCCAGGACAGCAGUGAUGAGGACAACUGUGAGAUCUCUCCAGAAGACAGUCUGGACGGAGAUCGUGAUUACAUCACAUCUGAUGUCCACUUCCCGUACUACCCAAGUGUCAUCUUCGCCAUUAUAGGCAGCUCGGUUGUCUUCAUCCUGCUGGUUGCACUGCUUGCCAUGAUGCUGCACCACCACCGUAAGCGGAACAGCCUGAUUGGACAUGUCACGCCGCCCCUGCACCGCCUGCAGCACCCGCUACUCCUGUCACGGCUUGUCAUCCUGGACCGCACCCACCACUGCAGCGUCACGUACAACACCAGCAAUGGCAUUCAGCUCACAUCCAACUCCAUGUACCACCAGCCACUGGCAAUGGAGGAAGUGCCACCCUCAUACUCUGAGGCUGUGCUGGAACACAGCAGACCACCAUGGUUCGACCUCCCCCCGCCACCGUACCUCUUAGACACAGAGACCUCCAGCCAUCCUGAGCUGCCCCCUUAUCGCUCCAGGGCAGGAAGCACCUUGAUCUCUGAACAUCCCAACAACCUACAGGAGAGUGCCGAAAUGAGAGACUGUCUGCUCAGCACCAGAUCGGAGGAGGGACUGUGAGCAAAGUUGCAACAAUGAAGUGGAACGGCAGUUGUGUUCUUGCACUAGCGAUUAUUUAAGGAGCCUUCAUUGAAGGAUUUAACUCGAGAAACAAAGAGAAAAAGAUUUCACACACUUUAAUCUUGUUGAUUUGUUUCGUCUUCAUUGUGAAGACACAACCUUGGCGUCCAGCUGUGUGAACCUGAGUAACAAAAUCCAGUCGUUUUACUGAUGUUUGACCCUGGAGGCUUGCUAUUUGUUAGCGACAGCCGAUCGAUUGUCCUUAGGCAUGGGUGGCCAGUUGGGACCACCAUGCAGCCUUCACUGCGGUAGCUUGGAGACUGGACUGUAAGUCUAAAAAGUAAAUGCAAGAAUGUGAAGUUUGGAGAUGCAUGAUUUUCGAUAGCUCUAUGGUCCAAACAAUGGGUGUGCACUCUCACAGCAGCUAAGAGGCGUAAACAAAUGUGAAUCACUAGAGAGCUUCAAGCAACAUAUCGGAACAUAAUGGAAGUUAGCAGAAUUCUGCUGAUUUUAUGAUUGUGUUGCUUGACCUAAGUGUAGAUUCUAUAUUUCAGAAUCUAAAAGUGCAGUAUCUGUACCUUCUGAUCCUUCUGCUCUUGGUAUUCAAAUAGAACAGAGUUACCAUU